AUGACGACACCACAGGAUGCGGCUUCGGCAGCAGAGGGCGCAGGACUUUCGCACGCUGCGUCCACCAAUGAGCAGGUAGAGAUCCAGCAGGUGGAAGAGCUCAAGUGAGUGGCCGCAAAGCGAUACGAGUCGUCUGCAUGUCGAGAACAAUGCCAUAGCACCGGCUGCCGGACAGCCACGCGGAUGCGCAAUAGCUGACCAUUCGCCAUGAUCUGCAUUCUGACAGCGAGGAUGGAACGCCGCUGUCGGACAAUCAAAAGAAGAAGCGAGCCAAGGCGUUGGAAAAGGAGCGCAAAAAGGCAGAGACUGCUGCCAAGGUGGCCGCGGAAAAGGAAGCUCGGGAGAAGGCUGAUGUGGUGCGUUGGGCAUGUCAGCUCGACUACCUGCAUCACGCUCACGCUCUCGCCCUCGCCCCCCGCCCCCCAGGACUUUUCCGCUCAAAAUUAUGGCGCACUGCCACUCAACCAGUCGCAGGAGAGGACGGGCAGAGCGUAUGCCAGCAUCGCCCAGUUCAAUGGCUCUCGCGAUGGCGAAGCGGUCUUUUUUACCGCCCGCAUUCAGACAUCACGUUCGCCAUCGGGUGAGUGCGCGACCGAGUCAGUGCAGCACUGAGCAUUCCCGCUCAUCUUGCACGCCCCCCCGCAGCCAAAAUGGUCUUUUUGACGCUGCGCAACCGCUUCGAUUGCGUGCAGGCCGUGCUCGCUCAAGCUCCAGAGCGCGUAUCGAAGCACUUUGUCAAGUGGGCGGCCAGUCUGGUCCCCGAGACGCUCGUCGCAGUCGAAGGCACCUUGGUCAAGUCUCCUGUGCCCAUCGAGUCAGCCACGGUGACAGUCAAGGAUGCAGAGGUGCGCAUCUCCAAGCUGCACGUCAUCUCUGCCAUCACCACCGACGGCCCUCUGCCAUUUUACGUCGACGAGGCGGUGCGCUCGGAUGCUGAAGUGGCCGCAUCUCAGAGCACCGACAGGCCAAUGGCCACGAUCGGUCUGGACACGAGGCUCGACAAUAGGGUGCUCGACCUCAGGACGGUGACCAAUCAGGCCAUCUUUCGCAUCCAGCACGGCGUCUGUCGACUGUUUCGUGAAUACCUCGAAGAUGCCGACUUUAUCGAGCUGCACACGCCCAAGCUACAAGGCGCGGCCACCGAGAGCGGCGCUUCCGUCUUCAAGGUCAGCUACUUUAAAGGCGAUGCUUUCCUGGCACAAAGCCCUCAGCUUGCCAAGCAAAUGGCCAUCUCUGCCGACUUUGGUCGCGUGUACGAGAUUGGCCCCGUCUUUCGCGCAGAGGACAGCAACACGCCUCGUCACAUGACCGAGUUUACCGGUGUCGACUUGGAGAUGGCAUUCGACGAGCACUACCACGAGGUGCUCGACCUCUUGCGAAAGCUCUUUUCCUUCAUUUUCCAGCAGCUGCCCAAGCGCUACGCUCGCGAGUUUGCUCUAGUGAAGCGCCAGUACCCUGUGCCAGACUUUGAAGUGCCAGACGAGGUGCCUCGCAUCACCUUUCAGGAAGCGGUGGACAUGCUGAGAGCGGAUGGUGUGGAAAUUGCCGACAAUGAGGAUUUCAGGUGGGUCGCAUAUACACCCAUAGUAGUGCGCCGCUGCUAAUGCGCGCUACCCUCAUGUCUGCCAGCACGGAGCAAGAGCGAAGGGUAGGCGCGCUCGUCAAGGAAAAGUAUCACUCUGACUUUGUUGCUAUUGUGAGUUGGCCUGCGCGUGCGCGUGCGCGUUCGCGUGCGAUGCUGGCCUGCGCGCGAUGCUCAUGCCGUCGUCUUUCUGCAGGACAAGUACCCGCUCGCGGUCAGGCCAUUCUACACCAUGCCCGACCCACAAAACCCUGUGAGUGAAGGAAGCUUGUCGCGCGAGCGCACUGCCCACUCACCGCGCCCCAUCGCAGGCCGUGUCGAACUCGUACGACUUUUUGAUGCGAGGACAAGAGAUUCUUUCCGGAGCUCAGCGUGUCCACGAUGCCGGCUUGUUGGAGAAGCGAAUGGCGGAAGCUGGCAUCAAGCCUUCGGACAUGCCCUCCUAUCUCAACGCUUGUGAGUCACGAGCGCUGCCAAAGGUUUCGAAGUGUGCGCGACGUUGACAGCGGUCUUUCUGCUGCACGUCACGUAGUCCGAUCCGGAUGUCCUCCUCACGCUGGCGCUGGUAUCGGGCUCGAGCGCGUAGUCUUUUUGAUGCUCGGACUAGGCAAUAUUCGUCGCGCAUCGUUGUUUCCCCGCGACCCCAAGCGUCUUGAGCCUUGA